AUGGAUGGAAUGGCAGUGAGCAAUGGCUUCAUCAAUGUAGCACUGAGCAUGGAGCGGUUGCUACAGAGAACACUGUUACCUUGUGAUAAAUUAUUAGUCAGCCAGGGCUCUUGCCUCCAUCUGCAGUGGGUGGUGAUGAGGAAGAGCAUUUAUAUUUUCCUGUAUCCAGUGGCCUUCCCAUACAACCCUGUACUGCAGUUCCUAGCCUUCCAAUGGAACUUACGGAACACUGCCACCUUAUGGUUCUUCACUUAGCUCAGUGCUUUCUAUUGGGUGAAGACCGCAACCCUCCCCCUCCCCAUCUUCCUUGGGCUAAAACAGAAGGUGUCUGGGUUGGUUCCAUGGAUGCUGCUCGGUUCUGUGGGGCUCUCCAGCUUGAGCACCAUCCUAUUUUCAUAGGCAACCAGAGCACCCCUAUAUCUCUACAUUUUAAGGAGAGGGUUGCAAUCUUGGAAUGCCACUGGGAAUACUUAUAUAAGAUCAUAUGAGAAAUCCUACUUCUUCUCUUUAAAACUUGUUACCUGUACACUCUUUACUGUUGUCUUCCUUGUUAGCAUGGUUUUGCUCAUGUCUCUGUAAAGACACCCUAAGAAGGCCCUGCUGUCCAUCGGCUUUCGUGACCCCAGUGUCCAGGCGCACAUCAAGGUUCUUUUGGCUCUCAUCUCCUUUGCUAUUGUCUUCACCCCCUAUUUUCUGUCACUGGUGCUCAGCGCUGCAGGUGUUUUUCCAUCUUGGAACUUGGCCUGGGUGUGGCAGGCAGUGAUUUAUCUGUGCACAGCCAUCCACCCUGUACUGCUCUUGAGCAACCCCAGGCUGAGAGGUGUGCUGGAGGGGGGCUGCUGUGCACAGUGCUGGGCAUCUUGA